AUUAUUAUAAGCUUGAUUGAUUAUGCUAAAAAUUAAUAGAGUGUUUAACAAAUAGAGGACUAAGAGAAACACUUAAAAAUAAUAUAAUUGCUUGAGUUUACAAUUUCUAUGAGUUAUUUAUAAAGACCAAAGCAAGAUUCAGUAUGGACUUAACAAAUAGAGUUCUCUCCUAGAAUUAAUCGAGGUAGCGAAGACUAGUAUAAGCAAGGAACUUAGAUAAAUUUUUUGAGCAAACAAAUAGAUUUACCAUCAAUAUCAUCUAAGAAUUCGAAGUGCUAAUAACAAAAUGUAGAAGAGAAUACGAAUUUUGGCAAUUAAAGUAAUAGAAAAAAGAAAUUCUAUCUUGCUAAGAAGCUCAAUCAAGAAGUUAUUAAUGAUAUGAUCAAUAAUAAUGAGUAAGGAAAUAACCAAUAGUUAUAAGUAGUUAAUAAUGCUAAUCAUUAGAAAAAACCAUCUCAUCAUUUAUCUCCUUUGACAUCUCCAAGAAACUCUGAUAAAGUAAUUUAUGAAUAACCAAAGGAAGAUUUAAUACUAUAAUUAGAUGUUCAUGAAGAUUAACUAUCUUAGAAAAAUAUAUAAUGUCAGGACAUUACUGCUGCACUGCCUUUAUCAAAAAAAGUAUCCAUAGCUAGUAAAUGCUAGGAAAAUACCCUUCCUCAGAUAAGUUAAAGAGAAAUAAAAAAAAGCUACUCUUAAAAUAAUACAUUGUAAGCAUCACCUGAUAAUUCGAAGUAAAAUAUAUUCAACACUAAAACUCUUAGCAUAGAAUAAAAGGGACCUAGAUAUGAUGAAAUAGGAAAUAUCAUUUCAAGAUCCUUAGUAGGAAAACCAGACUGGUUUUAAAAAAAAGAUGGGUAAUUUUUAGAUCAAGAGAGAUUAAAAGAAAUAGGUGGAAAUAAGAAGAAUAGCUAGAUAAAAAAAUAAAAUAGCUUUUCUACCCUUUCGAAAUAGAAAUCUGAUAACAAAAGUAAAAUUAAAAAUAGAAACCUAACUAAUAAAAUGACAAAACGAUAACUGCUUGACUAAAUUGAUGUAAUUAAGUAAAGAAUCAGCUUCAAUUAAAAGCAAGAGGAAUUAGAUAUAUAAUAAUUAUAAAUAGACUAAAAAAUGUAACAAACCAGAGAUAUUCGUAUUAUGUAAAAGCAUGAAGAUAAUGAGCAAUUUUGGUAAAAAUUCAUAGAAAAAACUUCAGAUUAAUUAAACAGAGACUUUUCAUAUUCGUAGCUUAUUAGAAGUGAUUAUUAUAAAAAUAUGAGAGAAGCUACUGAAGUUUUUAGUAUUUGUAAGAGUGAUUUAGAGAGGUAUGGAUCUAAAUUAUGGGAAAUGACUUUAAGAAAAAGACAAUCUAGAAAGUUGAAUCUAUAUAAUGAUUUGGAUAAAUAAGAACCUGCAGAUCUCAUUAUCACUCAGGAUUUACCUCAGGCAUUUUAAUGCUCUUCUCUAACUGGUGAGAGGAAGGUUUUACAGUUUUCAAGGAAACCAUUAAUAACUGAUCCUGUCGCUAAUAUAUUAAAUAACAGUAAUACCUUUUAAAGUACUCAUUAAAGAUUACUUUAAUUAAAAAAUAUUAGUGAAACAUUGCAUAACAAUAAUUUAAAUAAUCAGAAUAGUUCUAUUUUAUAAUAGAAUUUUGGCUCUAUGAUAGAAGAUUAAUCUAUUAUAGAAGCUGAUAACCACAAUACAAGCAAUAUUAAUGAUACAGCAAGUGUUCCCAUUUAGAAUGAAAAUAGAACAAAAAAUUUAGUUGAAAAUUAUUAAGAAUAGAGUUAAAAGGGAUCACCUUAUAAUCAGCAUACUCCAAAUCAUAUGAGCCACUAACUAGCAAAGAGCUAAUCUCAAAAUAUAAGCAAUAUAAAUGUUUAAACAAAGAGCAACAGUAAUGUGUAAAGUAUUAUGAAAAACAAUAACUCCUAACUACAAAUGAAAAAAUCACAUACACCAUUUAAAAGUGCUAGCUUAAAUUAAUCUAAUAUCAGUUUUAUGAAUAGUACCUUUUAAGUAGCUUAAUCAUUAUAAUAGCCCUUUCAAUCUUUUAGAGCUUCAAAAUAUUAUGAGGAGAGGUUAGAAAGUAUAUAAGAUUUAGUUAAAGAUUACAAAACGAUUUAUCAACAAAAUGCUGAUUUGUAAGGAUUAGCCGUUAUAGGUGAGAGUUAACUUGAAAGAGAAAUAGAAAUGGUCAAAAAAGCAGAUGAAUAUGCAUUAUUUUAUAAGUUUAAAUAGUAAGAAGAUGAAAAUUAUAAAGAGGAUGAUUUGUUUUGA